CCCGCCCCGCCCGCGCCGCGCAGGGCAGGGCAGUGCCGGCAGAGCGCGGAGCGAGGCGCCGCCGCCAUGGGCUGCACGGUCAGCGCCGAGGAUAAGGCGGCCGCCGAGCGCUCCCGCAUGAUCGACCGCAACCUGCGGGAGGAUGGCGAGAAGGCGGCGCGGGAGGUGAAGCUGCUGCUGUUGGGUGCUGGGGAGUCCGGGAAGAGCACCAUUGUCAAACAGAUGAAGAUCAUCCACGAAGAUGGCUACUCGGAGGAGGAGUGCCGGCAAUACAAAGCCGUGGUCUACAGCAACACCAUCCAGUCCAUCAUGGCCAUCAUCAAGGCUAUGGGGAACCUGCAGAUCGACUUUGGGGACUCCUCCAGAGCGGAUGAUGCCCGCCAGCUCUUUGCGCUCGCCUGCACUGCGGAGGAGCAGGGCAUCAUGCCUGAAGACCUCGCCAACGUCAUCCGGAGGCUGUGGGCUGACCACGGGGUCCAGGCCUGCUUCAAUCGCUCCCGUGAAUACCAGCUGAAUGACUCUGCUGCCUACUACCUGAACGACCUGGAGAGGAUAGCGCGGGCCGACUACAUCCCCACCCAGCAGGACGUGCUGCGCACCCGGGUGAAGACCACCGGCAUCGUGGAGACUCACUUCACCUUCAAGGACCUGCACUUCAAGAUGUUCGAUGUGGGCGGCCAGCGCUCAGAGCGGAAGAAGUGGAUCCACUGCUUCGAGGGGGUGACAGCCAUCAUUUUCUGCGUGGCCCUGAGUGCCUACGACCUGGUGCUGGCAGAAGACGAGGAGAUGAACCGGAUGCACGAGAGCAUGAAGCUAUUUGACAGCAUCUGCAACAACAAGUGGUUCACGGAUACAUCCAUCAUCCUCUUCCUCAACAAGAAGGACCUCUUUGAGGAGAAGAUCGUGCACAGCCCCCUGACCAUCUGCUUCCCAGAGUACCAAGGUGCCAACAAGUACGAUGAGGCUGCCAGCUACAUCCAGAGCAAGUUUGAGGACCUGAACAAGCGGAAGGACACCAAGGAGAUCUACACACACUUCACCUGUGCCACCGACACCAAGAACGUGCAGUUUGUCUUUGAUGCCGUCACUGACGUCAUCAUCAAAAACAACCUGAAGGACUGCGGGCUCUUCUGAGGGCGGCAAGGACGCACCGAUGAAGGGAGGACCGUGCCCAGUGAUUCUGCUUCUCCUCUGGUUUCAUCCCCCAACCCUCUAAAGAGACGUUUUGGUGACGGCCGUGGUGGCAGCGAUGGGGACGCACUGCCUGUGAUGCCUGACCCAGGGCUGUCCUCACUUGCCUCCAGUGUCCCCCCACACCCCUCUGCCUUCCAGGCCAGGGACAGGAGGAUUUCUCUCUUGGUUUGUAACCGGUCGCCAUCUCUCCAGUCUGUCCUUUUUAUUCGGUUCCGCACCGUUUACAUCCAAAACGUGUUGGCAGGGGGCGCGGAGCUCCCGGCAUCGCAGGGGCCGGCGAUGGGACCCCCCCAGGAAACACAACCGAAAACAUUCCUUUUAAUAACCAGAAAAAAAAAAAAAAAAAAAAAAGCCACACACACACACA